GUAUUGACAACAGCAGAUUGAAAGGAAUUUCUAUCACAGAACAGAUCAAAAAUUACUUAUAAACCACUACUCUCUCAAUUUAAUAUUUUAUCAACCUGUUCCUAAUGACGUCACUUUGCAUAUUAAAAUCCUGUGGAAUGCGAACAAAAUUUGACAUAAAAUGUCGUAAUUGGUAAAUUUUCGUAUGAAGCGUUUUGAAAAAUGUUCCAAUGUGGGUGAAAUGAAUGAAAGAUGAGAACGUAUCUAUGGUUACUGAUGUCUUUGACGUUGUCAAUGAUGGAGCAUUAUUGCAAAUCAAUCACAUUAAACACGAUAGGCAGAGAAGGAUCACACGGCCUUCAACCAAACGUAAAAAAGUCGGAAUUACCCGAGAUGAAUCAGAUAAAGUUUAUGAAAACUUUGCUGGGUAAAGUAAAGACUUUGAUACACAAGGAGAAUGAUCUGGAGAGUAAGGAAAGAAACUCAGCGAGAGAAGAAAAAGUCUCAGAUCAGCAAACGCCUAUCGAAAUCAGCGCUGAAACAUCCGAGAGCAAAAAGAUCUACGACACGUUAAACGACUUGAAGAGCAAAGACAAAUCUUCAAAUGUAAUUUCAGUUCCAAUAGAAGUAUCAAAGAAGAUAGCGAAAUCAACUGACUUAGGAGUCCAAGGAAUCAAUAAUGGUCAUAUGGAUGACACACCAAAAGAAACCCGGGUUUUGCUAAAACCAAUAUCUCUUCAACUGGGGAAAAAUUCCGAAGAUAAUAAAGCAAUGACAUCGAUGGUUCCACUAUUUUUACCAAAGCAAGUAAUUCGUUUUAAAAGUAUUUAUUCCGACAGAUUUAACAACAAUCCCAAUGGUCCAAAGAUACCAUUAAUCAUUCGACAACAUGGGAGCAAUAUGGAACAAGGUGAAGAUGAUGAGAGGUUAUACAAGAAUGAUGAAUGGUCAACUGAGGAUGAUAGGGAUGACAGACAGUUUUACAACGACGAGGAUGGGUUGUACAGAGAUACAGAUGAUAUGUCAGAAGAGAUAAAAUUUCACCACAAAAUUCCAACUGAUGAUAGAUAUCAUCAUCCAAUUAAAUAUAAUCCCGACAGAGUAGACGAUUACGAUGAUGACGAUGAUGACAACUAUGACGAUAUUGAAGACGACGAUCUGAACGAUGACAGAGCAGAUUACAAAAACUCCGCACGCAUGAGUGAGGAAGAGCGGCAAAUUGCCAAAACCAGAAAACGUCUUUACGACAUGUUACCAGGUAACGAUCCAACAUACACGUCAGAUAAUCGUGAAUUAGGAUAUCCGACUCAUCCUAUAGGUUGGACGUCAAUGUCAGAAACAUUCUUGGAUAACCCAAGAUAUGUUCAACAAAGAGCGAUGUUGCCGUUUCUUGGAAAUGCAUUGGCUGGUGAACAUGCUGACAACUCGAAUUAUAGGAAUGUAUUUAUGAUAGAUAGAGGACUGGGAGCAAGACAGGUGUAUGGUAACCCAGAGUUUAAUUCCAGGUACAGUUCAUUCGAACCAUCAAUGAUGCGAAUCAACACAGCUGGUUUUGCCGUUGGAGGAUCAAACGCUCAAGCAUUGUCACCAAAUGAGGCCAGAUUUAUGCUACAAAACUCCGGAAUUGAUCGGUGGUCACAAAAAAACAAGAUAUUUCGUCCUAAGAAUGCAGGAGUGUUAUUGAAAGUCAACGGGCAACCAAUAGGAGACUCUCUGAAAUUUAGAGAUCGCAUCGUAAACGGAGUAGCCGUCAAAGGUAAAGAAAAAGUUAUCAAAUCAAGAGGCCCAAUGGAUGUUAAGAUUACCAAGGCAACAGAUGGCGUGCACGCGAAGAUCGUGGACAUAACAAGUAGAGAUGACGUUAAGGUUUUAGAAACAAAGAGUAAAGUAGCAAAGGCAAAUUAACAGAUGCAAUUGCACAUUAGGGAAUCGUGGAGGAAAAAAAGAUACACAAAGAUACAUCAGAGAUGCCACCGUGCAUUAGAGAAUCCUUGAAGAAACAUGUAGGUACACCAAGAUAAAUUAAGGAUGCCACUGUCUAUUACAAAAUCCUCGACUAACAUUUAGGUACACACAUUAGGAUAUAGAAGCUAAUGUCUUUUGAGACAACAUAGAAACGUUAGAACAUCGCCUACAUGGUAAGUACUUUGGAUAUAAAGUAACACAUGUUCAAAACUUGUUAAUGGCACAGGGGGGUUGCCUUCAUUUAGGACAGCUUAAAGUCUCCUGAAAAAGAAAGAAUUGUACUCAGUAUUCUUAAUUUAGCAAUACUUUCACUUUAGACAGAAUAGACGCGAGACUGUCUACUUUUAAUUGGAUAUCUUGUUCUUUAACGAAAUUGCUCUUGUUUUACAUACAAUAGAAGUAGCACUUUAAUAGUACAAUCCACUAAAUUUUAUUGGUUCAAA